GGUAAACAUUCUUCAGUCCGCUGUAUUCAUCAAUGCGAGUUGUUUCUGAUCUAGGAAGACCGUUGUUCACGAAUGUGAAUCUCUCGUUUCGUAUCGAGAUACAUGACAGAAGUUUUGUGUAACGAAGUAACAAGCCUUUGUUGAGUGUUGUGAUAUCCUUCGUUUUCAAUAACAAUUGUGAACCAGUGUCCAAUUUUAAAGUUAUAGAGUACUAAGCUACUGUUCAAGGGGGCACAACAUGCUAUUUGCAUCUUUCGGAUAAACAGAUUGUCACACGAAAAUAGAACUUCGAGCCAAGAACAAGCAGAACUGUUAAUUCAAUCGUUCUCGAUCUACUGGCAAGUUACUUUGAACAGGAGUGGAUAAUAGCAUGUUGCUAGAGACAUUCGGUUUCAAGAAGGAAAUUUUUGCUUUGUGGAUACAUAUCUUUAACUUAUGAAUUUAUUCAGUGGUUAAAUAAAGGUUCAGAUACAUUGUGUAAAAGAUCGGCAGUGUUAAUUGAACUGAAUGUUAAAAAUCAAAAUUCAGACAAUCGGAAUUAGGCAAUUAGUUUAAUAUAACUAUGAAUGAAAGUGUUGCAUAUCAUUUGAGAAUGUGCUAUUAUUCAUAUAUAAGAGUUAUUCAAACAUCUUGAUAAAUUUUAAGCUACAACAACACAGACAUUUAUGAAAUAAAAGACUGGUUGUUUCGGAAACUUGUUGAAACUUCGAGGCGUGUAAGAUACCAGUUCAUUAUUAUCAAUUACAUUUCUUCGUACUUAUUAGACGUGUCUUUGCCUUUCAUCUAAAUUACAGGUCACAAAGUUUUGUACCAAAUUACUAGGUGAAAGUGUUCAGAAAGUACGGAAAAUCAAUUACAAAUUACUUUGUCUGAUUUUAUCGAAGUGUUAAGUUAAAAAAUACGGAUUUGUAGUGUAAAAUUAGUAAUUAUUUCGAAGAGGAGAUGGGAAGCAAGCGUGAAAAGUCGCAAAGCAGGAAACUGAUUGUUGAGAGGAGAAUGCUGUUCUCUUGUACCGUGAUGAUCGGUUUGUGCGUCAUACUAUGGAUCGUGGCGAUAUCUACGGAUUGGUGGUUCAUCAUAAGCGGUGGACCCAACGGCAUCUAUGUGAACGAGACCAAAAGGUUAUUCCGCCAUAGUCACUCUGGCAUCUGGAGGAUUUGCCGGACCUCGUAUGGCCCUGUAACCCCAGGAACCGGACCUGCUAGAGAAAAGUAUUUCUGCAGGAUUCAUGCCAUGUUCCCAAAUGACACAGUAAUCCGCACAGAUCCAUCAAUAGACAAGACCAUCGUAAACUACAACCGGUCUGAAGCGUCAUUCUCCAUCAUAAGCCUCGUGCUAAUGAUCAUGGGACUCACAUUCUCAACCUACACAUUCCGCAACCCUCGCUACAUGUUCAAGAGACUUGCUGGAGUCCUCCACUUCAUUUCAGGUGGAUCGGUCCUGGCAGUGAUUGAGGUUCUAAUCAACUCAAUCACUUAUGAGCAGAAUCAUCUACCAUUUACAUUUCCACCAGGUGCCACUUACUCGUACGGCUUCUCCAUUGUUCUGGCAUGGCUAGUAUUUGUAAUGUUGCUGGUGUCCGGUUGUGUCUUCUUGAUUUAUUCACGCAAACGCAAAGGAAGCAAGGCGCCAAAUGAUGAGAUUGCGAUGGCAGAUGAACCAACAAUCAUUGGACGAUAAUUAUUAUCUCUUCUAGGAAUGUUGACUUUGUUACCAUUUGACAGUAGAUCCAAGAAAUGAGAUCUUUGUUGUUGUGAGCAUAUCAAAGCAAGAAGGUAGGAAGCGCCUAAUUUUCUAGGUCUUAUUUGACAGUGCAAUAAGCAUUGAAGUCCUAAACCUUUUUAAAUAAUUCAUUAGUUAUGAAACAUGAGAACUUAUUAUGUGCAGUGUCCAUCUGUUGUGUGGUUAAAAGUGGGGUAGUAACUUAAAUGGUGAUCAGAACCUCUAAAAGUAAAGUACGUUAAUUUUCAAACUUUGUUAUUGCAUAAUAUGAUAACUUCGCCCAGUACAUACGCUGUUGGAAAGACAUCAUGUUUCAUAGACACUAAUGGUUUUUCUUGUUUUACCCUCAUUUCAUGUUUGUAUGUGUUAGUGUUUAUGAUUCCUUAAAAAAUGCAACAUUUUUCUAGUCACAUUUAUUAUACACUGAAGACAUAUCUUGUGAUACAUCCUCAAGUUGUAGUAUAUAUUUUGAAAGGUAAGAAUACUUACCUAGCGAUGGCUGGGGGUUCGUCGUGCUGACCACACGUCACCCUAUAUCUGGUUGGAUGAUCGUUCACCUGUGCUUAGGCAAGUGAACGUGAGGCCAGCAGCCAGCUAGUCGGCUUUGGCUCUCAUAGGGCUGUUACGCCACGGGGAAAAAAAAACAACUUAAACCAGUGUGCCUAAAUUUUAAAAUAUGUCUUACAUUGCAUUAAUGACAAUGAAUUUGCCUUCGUAUUUUGGAAGACUGCGUCUUCUGCCUUUACAAGUGUUGAUAUUACAUUUUAUGGCAAUCGGUUGAUAAAAGAUGGCAUAUUCGUGUUGAAUUAAUACUUUUUUCCAGUAUUUACUGACAUUUCUUGUUGUUCUGAACGCUAGCUUAUACUUACAGGCACUGAUAUAAGUCUUAAAGUAGCACUGAUGUAGAAAAUAUACAUUUAUUGUGAUACAUAUGGAAUUUUAUACAUUUUCUCUGUCAGGAAGAGAGGUUUAGCUGUUACAAUAAAUUAAUGAACACAAAUAACUUCAUUACGGGCAUCAAAAUUGGAACUUCAUAUUGUGCAAGGCUGCAUUAAAAACUUCAAAAUUGUUAAAAUUCAUGUUACAAUGUUCUUUAAACUGAAACUAGUGUACAAUGAACUUCUAGGCCUGCACAAUUAAAAUAUGCCAGUUGCCCAAUUUUAUUGUAAUUUGGUAUUUAAUUAGACCUUUUCUUCCUUGUCUCUAUUUACAGAGAUUUCUCAGGGACUUUGUAUUCAUAUAUUGAUCUCUUUACAGUAAAGUACUAUUUACCUUAUGUGAAGAAACAUAAAAUGAUUUAUUAAUCCAAAUGGCAGUGUACUUCCCCAUGUGUUUGUACAUCAUCAUGCUUAAUUAAGCAUCAGGGACAACUUUACCAUUCUUUACCUUAAGAAAUAUUGUAAUUUUCAAGAAAUUGUCCAGUAUCAUUUCUUAAAACAUUGUAUGGGUUUUUGAGUAUGUAACCCUGUGUGUGUGUAUAAAAUUAUUUCUUCUCUAUA